CUCUCUCUCUCUCUCUCUCUCUCUCUCUCUCUCGCUAUAUAUCAAAUUCAUUCCCUGGUUGGUAUGCGUUUUGCACUAGGACUGGUUUAUCAAAGAUGACCAACGUACCAAGGUCUCUGAGUUAUUCUUCUCUAACCCUAUUCAAGCAAGCCAUCGCAGCCUCAGAUCCUUGGCCGUUUUCCUUCCUUUUCUUGUAAGAUUUAAUCUAGGGGAGAAGAUCAAAAGCCCUAGGGUUUGCCUUUGUCUUUGCCUUCAUCUUCUCGCCUUUGUUUGUUGGUUUUUCUUUUAAUAUUUUUUCAGAUAUGGGUAGCGGAGAGAGAAGUCUGAGAAAUUUCCAUCUUCACCUGCCGCAUCUUCACCACCACCACCACCAUCACGGUGGGAAGAAACAAGUGAUUAGAGAUGUUCCAAAAGGGUGUUUGGCAAUCAAGGUGGGCCAGGGCAAAGAGCAACAGAGGUUUGUAAUUCCUGUGAUCUACUUCAAUCACCCACUCUUCAUACAGCUCUUGAAGGAAGCCGAGGAAGAGUAUGGGUUUGAUCAGAAGGGCACUAUCACCAUCCCUUGCCAUGUGGAGCAGUUUAGGUCCGUCCAAGGCAUGAUCGAUAGGGAGAAGUCCCUCCACCACCAUCACCAGCACCAGCACCAGCACCAUGUCGGGUGCUUUAGGGUUUGAUCAUCAAUCAAAGAUUGUGGCUCGAAUCCCAAUUCUCUGUAAAUUUCGAGUUUUUUUAGCUAUUUUUGUUUGUUUCCUUUCUAGUUGGAAGGUGAUGGCAAAUACGAUGUGGUGAUGAUGAAAAAGAACUGUGAAUGUGGAUUGCAUUUGCAGUCAUUUUGUUAUUGUUAGGAAUCUUAAUGAUGAUAAAGAUAAAUUCAAAAUGCU